AUAUGUGUGUGUUCACAACUUGCUUUAAAUUUUAUUGUUUGAUUAGUGUUAUGCAUCCUUCGUUGGAAGGUUUUUAAUUUGUUAUGGAAAUACUGGAGAGCCUUUAUUCUUACAAUUCCCUCCGUCCAAAAGUAAUAGAACCAAAGGGACAGCUUCUAUCAAUUGAUGGCAAAACAGAGGCGGAGGUUUGUAGGAGUUUAGAGAGAGUGCUCCGUACUAUGCGGAUAACUACCUUAGAACCCAAGGAUGUGGCUUUUGUUGUUGAUGGCUGGGCACUUGAGAUUGCACUUACCCACUAUCGUAAAGCUUUCACUGAGCUGGCAGUUUUGUCAAGGACUGCUAUAUGUUGUCGUGUGAUGUAUAUUUUUUACCAUUUUAUCUGCAUACAGUGA